UAGUUGAUUUUAAUUAUCCACAGCUGACGGAGUGUGCGGGCGUCGGGCGCUAAACAAUAUCUGUGUAUUUUUUUUUCGUUUGUAUUAUGUCAACUAACAAAAGUGCAAUUGUGUAUUAAAAAUAGCAACUAGGUUAUAAUAAAGAAAAUAAUUAAAUGCCAUUCGUACGCCUGAGCCGCACAGUGCAAAAGAGCUCAGAGCGAACCAGCAGCAGCAGCAGCAGCAGCCUCUGGGGCCAGGAUUGAUUUAGGGAUUUGAGCAACGACAGCCGCCUGGACAUGAACAAGGCCGGCAAGCAAUUCCAGAGCGUUGGCCCAGCUUUGGGUAUUGGUCACGCCUCCAACGGACUGCUGGCGCCCACUGCUGGAGCCACGGUCACAGCGAACGGCUCGGCCACCAGCCCCAAAAAUGUGUUCAACUCCAUAAUGAGCUUCCUGCCGGACAAUCGGCCAAUCACCUCGCUGCACAUUGUCGAGGACUUUGAGCGUUGCCCCAAGAACUUUAAUGCCAUACAUCGGACGUACGAUCAGGAUGCUGACGCAGAUCUGUGGCGUGAAAACAAUAUACUCUUUGGACGCCAAACGACGCGCUAUCUGUGCCUAUCCAAAUCGGAGGGACUGCCCGAAUACGUUGUCGAGACACUCAAAGUCAUCGCCGAGAAGGUGCCGCCGCCGAAAGAGUUCUCGCUGCUCUCUCGCACCGCAGACACCGAUCAGAAGGCGUGGCGGAAGCGUCAAAUCGCAUACAAAUUGUCCAAACGCGGCACCGUCACGCAGGCGGUUACAGAUAUUAUACUCUGCUCCAAGCUGAAAAUCGCGCCCGAUGGGUUUAAGCUAGCCGGCGAUAUCAACGGCGUCCUAAUCUGUUAUAAAACUGGUGCCAUUCCCGUGCGCCUGCCCCCGCCUGUGCCAGGCAGCAGCUGCGAGGUGGAGCAGGCACUGAAUCGUCUCAAUUUGCAUGGCCAGCGCACAGCACGUGGCCCGCUGCCGCAGUUGCCAGCCUCGAACGAACAUCAUGACUAUGAGGAGAUACAGGCGCAUUAUCAAAUCAAUUCGCCACAGAGACCAGCGCCACCACGUCCAGCGUCAAUGGGCGGAGGCACAGGAGUUGGAGCAGGGGGAGGAGCAGCAGCUAAUGAAAACACUGGGCGCUCUAACUAUUUCGGCAUUGGCACGCUGGGCACCUAUACAGAGCUGGAGGGCGUGCCCUUUGCCAUGCAUGCGAUGCUGCAGCGCAGCCAGCCCAUGACUGAAUUGCCCACACUGCCCGAAAUCUCAACGCUGCUAAAAACGCUUGACUAUGACUUUCAGCUGGAACGUCAAAUCUUAUGCACCAUGAAAUCCUCGGCAUCCAAGAAUCCAUUCUUCAAGUAGUUCAAAAAGCACCAAUAGCAAAAACAAAAAUGCGUAAAUCUAAUUAAAUCAAAUGUUACAAUUGGAUAAUACUAAAAACGAAAUGUACUUAGACUUGUAUGUGAAGGAAUAGCACGAAUAUAUAGCACUCACAUUUGUAUAAUCAGUUCGAUUUCCAUUCGGUUCAAUUCGAUACGACUCGAUUGAUAUGAUAAUAAUAAUUAUAUUUGCUUAAAAAGACCUCAGACCCAUAUGUGUGUAUAGAUUCCUGUGCCUUUAAUAUGUAUCUAAUUUCAUGAAUGUGUAUGCCUAUAAAUAUACAUCCCCAUUGUUAUAUCUGAGUCAAACAAACAUGCAUACAAACACAUAUAUAAAUAUCUAUAUACAUACAAAUCAUACUAAUAUAAAUUAGACCCAGCAUUGUGAUCGUAAAACGAAUGUUUGUCAUUAUUAUUUUUAAAUUGAAUGCCCGAAAUCAAUUAAUCAUGAUAUAUAUAUAUAUAUAUAUAUAUAUAUAUAUAUAUAUAUAUAUAUGUAUAUCCAAAAAAAAUACCAUGUACAACCCUCUGAUAAAAAUACAAAUAUAAAUACACACAUCCAUAUAUAGGUAUAUAUACUUAUA